AUGUUCAACUCGGCAGUUCAGUCCAUUCUGAGAUACCGGAUUCCGAGGGAGACUGAUUGGUUGUACUUUUUUUUAAAGUUCGGAAAUGGCCCCAUAUGCUCCAUUUUUGCUUGCUCCACUGCCGCUGCAGCAAUCGUCAUGUCCAGUCCGUUCUUCAAUCUUCAAGCACCUCGUUUCUCUCCUGCACGAGGAUAUAAGAGCAACAAAAUAACCACUCGAGCCGACGGGUGGAUGGAUCUCGGUGGAUGGUUGUUCGGUCCGGUUUUAACCCGGCAGACAAGUUACCAUCACAUCUGGAAGGAGGUGGAAAGAAUGGGCCGAUUCGAGGAGGAAGGCGCAGACGAAUCAUUUGAUUGA